AUGACAGACAACAUCAACAAGACAAAAGGACAGACAACAUCAACAACACAAAAGGACAGACAUCAACACCACAAAAGGACAGACACCAUCAACAAGACAAAGGACAGACAACAUCAACAAGACAAAAGGACAGACAACAUCAACAAGACAAAACAACAGGCAACAUCAACAGGACAAAAGGACAGACAACAUCAACAAGACAAAGGGACAGACAACAUCAACAAGACAGAAGGACAGGCAACAUCAACAAGACAGAAGACAGACAACAUCAACAACACAAAAGGACAGACAACAUCAACAAGACAGAAGGACAGGCAACAUCAACAAGACAAAAGGACAGACAACAUCAACAACACAAAAGGACAGACAACAUCAACAACACAAAAGGACAGGCAGCAUCAACAACACAAACGGACAGACAACAUCAACAAGACAGAAGGACAGACAACAUCAACAAGUCAAAAGGACAGACAACAUCAACAAGACAAAAGGACAGACAACAUCAACAAGACAAAAGGACAGGCAGCAUCAACAAGACAGAAGGACAGGCAACAUCAACAACACAAAAGGACAGACAACAUCAACAAGACAAAAGGACAGGCAACAUCAACAACACAAAAGGACAAACAACAUCAACAACACAAAAGGACAGGCAGCAUCAACAAGACAAAAGGACAGGACAGACAACAUCAACAACACAAAAGGACAGACAACAUCAACAAGACAGAAGGACAGGCAACAUCAACAAGACAAAAGGACAGACAACAUCAACAACACAAAAGGACAGACAACAUCAACAACACAAAAGGACAGGCAGCAUCAACAACACAAACGGACAGACAACAUCAACAAGACAGAAGGACAGACAACAUCAACAAGUCAAAAGGACAGACAACAUCAACAAGACAAAAGGACAGACAACAUCAACAAGACAAAAGGACAGGCAGCAUCAACAAGACAGAAGGACAGGCAACAUCAACAACACAAAAGGACAGACAACAUCAACAACACAAAAGGACAGACAAUAUCAACAAGACAGAAGGACAGACAUCAUCAACAACACAAAAGGACAGACAACAUCAACAACACAGAAGGACAGACAACAUCAACAAGACAAAAGGACAGACAACAUCAACAAGUCAAAAGGACAGACAACAUCAACAAGACAAAAGGACAGGCAACAUCGACAAGACAAAAGGACAGACAACAUCAACAAGUCAAAAGGACAGACAACAUCAACAAGACAGAAGGACAGACAACAUCAACAAGUCAAAAGGACAGACAACAUCAACAAGACAAAAGGACAGACAACAUCAACGAGACAAAGGGACAGACAACAUCAACAAGACAAAAGGACAGACAACAUCAACAAGACAAAAGGACAGACAACAUCAACGAGACAAAGGGACAAAAACAAAACAUGAAGAGUCGGCACCAAAAAGACAGUAA